AUGGGCAAGAUUGCAACAAUCGAGUACUUCCGAGUGCCGCCCCGCUGGCUCUUUGUCAAAAUCACAGACGAAGACGGCAAUUAUGGCUGGGGCGAGGCCUCUCUUGAGGGCCACACGGAAGCCGUCGAGGGAUGCUUAGACGCGUGGGCCGCACGCUACGUCGGAUUUGAAGCAGAUGACAUUGAGCACAUAUGGCAGAUGAGCUGGCGCGUUGCUUUCUACCGCGGCGGCCCCGUCUUCAUGAGUGCCCUCGCAGGCAUCGACAUUGCACUGUGGGACCUCAAAGCCCGGAAACUAAAUGUGCCCAUUUAUCAGCUGCUGGGAGGUAAGGUGCGCGAUAAAUUAAAGGUGUAUGCCUGGAUCGGCGGGGAUAGACCAAGCGAUGUGAAGGAGCAAGCACUCAGCCGCAAAGCCCAAGGUUUCCACGCGGUGAAAAUGAAUGCAACAGAAGACAUGGGCUGGCUCGACACGCCAUCGUGCCUGUCGUCCGCCGUGGCGCGUCUGCAGACGGUCAAAGAGCUGGGCAUGGACGCAGGCAUGGAUUUCCACGGGCGCGUGCACAAGCCCAUGGCCAAGCAGCUGGCUAGAGCACUGGAACCACACCAGCCUUUGUUUAUCGAGGAGCCGCUGCUGUCCGAGCACAUUGGCGGCAUCACAUCGCUGCAUACGCAGACGAGCAUUCCCAUUGCGCUGGGCGAACGCCUGCAUUCCCGCUGGGACGUGCGUCCGUUUCUCGAGGCCGGAUGUGUCGAUAUCCUGCAGCCAGACAUCUCGCAUGUGGGCGGCAUAUCCGAGCUGAAGCGUAUAGCCGCCAUGGCGGAAACGUACGAUGUCGCUAUUGCGCCACACUCUCCGCUGGGGCCCAUUGCGCUGGCGGCUUGUGUGCAGGUCGACUGUACGCUGUCCAACUUUGUCAUCCAGGAAAUGAGUCUGGGCAUUCAUUAUAAUGCUGGCAGCCAGGAUUUGACGGCGUAUACCAAGAAUCCUGAGGUGUGGGAUGUCAAGGAUGGGUUUAUUGCGUUGAUGAAGGGACCGGGCUUGGGGAUUGAGGUCGAUGAGGAGUGGGUGAGGAGGGAGAGUAAAGAUGCGAAGCCGUGGCUUACUCCUGGGUUCUUUGGGCCUGGGGGCGAGAUUCGGGAGUGGUAG